AUGAUGGGACGAAUGAUUGAUUUGGAUCAGAUACGACUCAAACCGCCACUCGUCAAUAAGGUAGACGGUCGAGCCCGUAUCCUUCGACCUCUCCGUCUAGCCGCAAUGCAAUCCAAUCAACAGCCGACGACGUCAUCAGCGUCUGGAGCAUCUGGAGCCCAACGACAACCUCCACCGUCCUCCACGUCUUCAGCUUCCGUCGGCACUAUACCUCACUCCCAAUCGAUGCCAGUUUUAGGACAGGCGAGAGGGGCUCCAGGAGCACCUUCUGGAGCAGCUCCGGCGGCUUCUGGAGCUCCCGGAGCCACGCCAGCAGCCGCUGCUCCCAGCCGAGCCGCCUUGACCCUCCCAUCCAAUACCACUGAUAAAGGGGCGGUGCCUAUCCUCAACUGGGCGGAGUCUAUGAGAAUUCGACUCAACAAAUUACGAACGAAAUCUCAGAAGGCGAUGGACGAAGCGCUGCGAGAGAAUCAGACGGAAGAGGAAAUGAGUCGGACGAGAGAUGCGUUGAGUGAGGUGGCCGGUGUCUAUAAUGAGAUGUUUAGGGCGUCGAAUAUGAAGUGUCGACUGAAUGCUGUAUUCGAUAAGAGGGGAAUGUAUAAGGCUGUCGAGGCGGCCAUUCAUACCCAUGAGCUCCGCGACCCGCACUGUAACGGACUAUUCGACAGAAUGCAACAAUCGAUGGAUGAGAGAACGGCUAUUGAGAGAAACAUCCUCGCCGUCACCGACACAUUCAAACAGAAUCCGGUCUCAUCGCCACGUGGCUCUCGUCUCUCCGCCCCGCCCCCAAUUAAAUUCGGAAAACAUUUCGAAGAGGCGAACAAGGGAUUAGUACUCGCAAUGGACGCCGUCUUCAAUCGGACACGUGGCGACGCAAUGUCGUGGAAAUUCAAACGGAUCAGUCAUCGAUCGUUUAGGAAUUCGAAGACGUUGGUUGAGGUCCAAUACUGUACUCGUCGUCCGGCCACCGAGAAAGAGUUCGUCUCGUGCAUGAAAGCGUUAUUGGUGUUGAAUUUCGGAAUUUUGGAGGAUUUGAUACUGGGCGGAGAGGACGAAUCACUGUACGAUACGGAAUCAAUCUAUCAGUCGAAGAGAAAAGUGUAUCGAGAAUUCACGAAAUCAGCCAGAGAGAUUAUUCUAUGCUCUCCGGUCACCAAAUUCACGUUAGUCACUGCUUUUUUUAGGCAAAAAAUCUAA